GCCAGUGCGAACGGCCGCAAGGACCUUCGGGCCCCGAGCGCUGGAGGAUAUUCCGGCAAAGCGCACGUAGCGCUGCCGGGGGGCUGCCCCCUCACCCCUCGCCACCCUCAACCCGGUAGCCGAACACGGCACAAUGGUGGACUACAGCCGGUUUGCGCACAUCGACGAUUCGUCGUCCGACGACGACGACGUCGCGAUGGAGCACGUGAAGCACGUGGCGCGCGAGGUGCUGGGGCGGCCCGGCGGGCCCCAGCAGAAUAUUGAUGAAAUGCUCGAGUCGUUCCGUCAGGGCGAAGCGCGAAGGCGGCCCGAAGACCACCCCCUAUUGCCGCCGCCGCGCUUCGACGUCGGUUCAAGGGUCAUGUGCUGCGUCGAGGAGGACGAGGAGAUCUGGCUCACGGGUACUGUGAUCAGACACUGGGCGCAGCAGGAGGGGAUGGUCUGCCCCUACGUCGUCCAAGUGGAUGAGGAUAGAGGGGAAAUUUGGGUCCACGAGGACUCGGAGAGUGCGAUCCGAGCCUUGGAAAAAUGUGAAAUUGUCAAAAGGCGGCCGCCGGCUUCACUGGGAAAGGCGCUGCUCGAGGGUGUUGGGGACGGCGUCGCGCGCGAUCUGAUCACGGCGUGCGCUGCUGGCGAUUUGAAGGAGGUCAAACGCAUCGUAUUGUUAGAUGUGCCCGCAUCCGUCGACAUUAAAGAUGAAUACCCGCUGCUGGACGAGGCCUGCCCGGUGUCCAAGUGCGUUUCACUCAAAAAUGAUCAGUUGGAUGUGUGGGGCACGGCUUUUUUAGCAUCUUUAAAAAGUGAAAAGAUCGAACGAAGCGCUUUGUCCGGCGCCUUCGCCGGCGGCGCGAAACGGACGCAAGGCAAGCUGCCCGUCGUCCACGAGCUCAUCAAGGCGGCGGCGGCGAAAGGUUAUACAACGCUCGGCGCGACGAAGGGGCGCGACGGCAGAAGGGCGUUAUUAUGGGCGGCCGACGCGGCGAACGACGAGGAGGCGGCGGCGCUCGUCGCCGCGGUGCGGGCCGCGGGGGCGCGGGACCUCGACGCGGACGUGGCACUAGCUAGAGCGGCAACGAGAGGCCGGGGGGCCCUCGUCGCGGCGCUAUUGGCGGACUGGUCCCCGCAUCGGAGCGUCGCGCCGGCGCUGCACCGCGCGGCCGACGCCGGGCACGCGGAAAUUGUGAAAGCGCUGCUGGCGCGGGCGCGCGACGUUGAUGCGGAGACGGCGCGCGGGUCCACGGCGCUGGCGCUGGCCCUCGACAAGGGGCGCCUGGGUUGCGUGCGCGCCCUGCUCGAGGCGGGCGCGGACCCAUUGCGGGACAAGACGAGGCUAUCUUUGAGGGUUGCGGGCGUCGACGUCGCCACGGCGAAAGCCUACGUCGGCGCGCUGACGACGCUGGCGAUCACGCGGCCGGAAGACGUCGCCGCCGAGCUCGCGGCCUGCGUCGCCGCGGCGCCGUCGUCUGCGGUCGCCCGGGCGUUGCGGGAGGGCGAGCGCGCGCUCGCGCCCGUGCUCGCCGAGCCCGCCGACGACGGCCUCGCGGGACUUAGUGUAAAGGCGCUCAAAGCCUUGGCGGCUGAGCGCGGCGUCGACAUCAGCCGGUGCUGCGAGAAGUCCGAGAUCGUCGCGCUGCUCCGCGCCGCGCCGGCCCCGCCGCCGCCGCCGCCCGCACCCACUCCCGAACCUGCAGCGCCGCCGGCCAACGCCACCUCGAAAAAGAACGCGAAGAAGCGGAGAAAAAAGCGCGCCUCGGCCGCGCGCCAGGCGGCCGCGGCGGCCGCCGCGGCGCUCGAGAACGCCGACGCGUCGCUCGCGCACUUCGACGAGCUGGCGGCUGCCAUCGACGACGAGGGCGAGGCCGAGCCCCUCGACGAGAUCGAGCUGGCGGCGGUGGCGGCUGCCGAAGAAGGGAUCGGCGCGAAGACGUUGAGAAGGGGCCUCGCGGCCGUGCAGGCGGCGGAGGAGGCCGGCGUCGACGCCGUGGCGCGCGCGCGCGAACUCGAGGCGGUCCUCUCCGAGUUCGCGCAGCCGGACGUCGAGACCGUCUCGCUCGACGCGAACGACGACGACGCGACGACCGACGACAACGACGCCGACGGCGCGGACCCGGCCGUCAGGGCGCUCCUGACGCGCCUCGACCUCGUGCGCUUCCUGGACACGUUUCGCGAGAACGAGGUCGACGCGGCCUCGCUGCCCAAGCUCACGAGCGCGGACCUCGCGGAGAUGCGCAUCCCGAUCGGGCCGCGGCGGCUCAUCCUCGACGCGCUCGCCGAGACCGACGCCUCGCGGCGGCCGCGGCGGAAGAGCGCCGGGCGGCGGGGGCGCGUAAUCGUGUCAUGAUUUACAUGUACAUGGAUUUAUCGACAGAGGGUUUAGUAUGGACAGUUGGGUAUGGAACUUGAACGAUCGCGAAUUGGGGCUCUAUGGACAGCCUUCUUUUUUUGGGGGUGAAACUCGAGCGAUCAGAGUCAGGACGCCAGGAAGAGGAGCGUCGCGGCGCCGAGGUAGUGAAUUGUCGUCUUGCGCGCGCCGUCGCUGCCGAGGGUGCCCGCCGCCGGCGCGGGCGUCAGCGAGUACGAGGUGCUGGACGACGGCGCCGGCGACGGCGCCGGCUCGCACUCACACCAACCGACGUACUCUCCAUUAGCGUCCACGGCAUCGCACCAGAAAUCCCCGUUCCACACAGAUCCGUCCAGGGUUCGCGGACCGCAGCCGUACAAAGUCUGCCAAGUCUGUAAAUCAUCAUCAUAGUGAAAGACCUCUUGGUGGAUAGCUUCAGUAUACUUCCAGCUUGUUGCGCAUGUAUAAUCUCCAGUAAUGGGACCGUAUGAGCUACCAUAGUGGUGAUGCAGGAUGAUGCACGCUUCGUCCGUGGGCGUCGUGUCGAUCGUGUCGAUCUCCAAAAAAUCUAUCGUACCUUUACUUUCUUCGUCCGUGUCCUCGUCGGAGCAAUAGCACCUGUGCACAAAUCAACAAGUCAGUCGGGUGCACGUUUGAUUGAUGCUCUGAAUAGCGCCAGCCUGUAUGAUUGCCAUAGUCGUCGACGGCCUCGCACCAGGGAUGCGCAUCGCCAUCGCACUUCUGGCAGCCAAAGUUCGCGCGGCCGAAGCAGGCCGUGGCGCCAGGCACCCAGGGUUCACGGUCUCGUUCGUAGAGCCACGCCGCCGCGCAGCUGCCGGAUCCAUCGGGCGUUCGUUGCGCUCCGUCCGGAGCCGCGAUGCAGGUGCUCGUCGUGUUGCCGCCAACGUUGAACGGCGGGGUCACGAAGCCGGUCGGCGCGGACGUCGUCGGCGCCCGCGUGCAGCCGUCCUCCACGAUGCCGCAUGCCGUCGACUCGCACAGGGUGCCAUCGAAUGCGCCGUUGAGAAUGCCACCCGGUGGCGACUGGCCAUCGUCGGGAAUAACGCACCAGCCGAGGUCCUGGUCGAAGGCCGAAGCGCCGUAGAACAUCGAGCGCAUAUCGAUGAUAUUGUCAAAACUCCAGUCGCCAAGAGGUUGGUUAAACGAUGAGGCGCCCCGGAACAUCCCUGCCAUGCUCGUGGCUUCGGUGGUAUCCCACGCGCCGAUGUUCUCGUUGAAGGACGCUGCCCCCGAGUUGUAGUAGUCACAAUAGUCCCCGGCGCAAAACAACUCCGACAUGUCCGUCACCCCCGAUGUGUCCCAUGUAGAAAUAUGACCGUACGUCGCCUCGGCCGCCGCCGCAUCCGAGGUCCACGCAGCCACUGCCGUCCUAAUGCUAUCGUCGUCCAUGGCGUAGCUAUCUGUGAGCUCCCGUGCGACGGCGUGCCUCGUGACCUUGUGUUUGUGUGCGGCCUGGGUGGCCACAACCUGGGCAGCCACAACCUGGGCAAGGGCCGCGAUAAGUUGGAGCUUGUGCAUCUGUUGCUACACAACUGGCCGGCGCACGCUGCCCGUGCUCACGCUGCCCGUGCUACCGGUAAGCACCGUAUGCGCACGCGCCCCGCGAACCAUACGAGGAGAGCCUUGAGUAAAGUUGAGUUGAGUAUGGGCGCGGUACGGGUUUGCAGAACGAGCGUACAUAUUGAUGUACAUGUAUACAUUACACUUCCUGCGCGCCUCGAGCCCUCGGGACCGGAGGCGGGGCUUUGGACAUCGUUUGGACAG